AGAAAAAAUUGAAAAAUUUUCCUCAACUCAAAUAGUAGUAGUUGUUGUCCACUACUGGCUGGAUUUUUAUUUAAUUAUUUAAAUUUCCUGUUAUUUACCUAAUUGUUAAUUAUUUUAUUAACCACAGAGCCAAAAAAAUGGUUCAAACUAUUGAUAAAACCCAAUAUGUAUUGCCAUUCGAUCAACCCUUCGUAAGGCUCGAAAUUGAAUCGGCUUUCAAUGGCCUUUCUCAGCAAGAGAAACUAUAUGCUCAUCAUAUAAGUCGAGCUUCUUGGGCUGGAGGAUUAGUAACGUUUUUACAGACUAGUCCAGAAUCUGGUCCAAUUUUUGUAUUACUCCAUAAGCUGUUUGCUUCUGAAAAAGCUACAGACUUCACUGGGAAAGCCCUCAAAGCUGGAUUUUCCGAUGAAGAAGUCAAAGCCCUCUAUGUUUAUGCAGGAGGAGUAUUUGCUAAUGCAGGCAAUUACAAGGGAUUUGGAGAUACGAAAAUCAUCCCCAAUAUUGAACAAGAACGUUUGGAGAAGUUACUGGAAGUCAGUAGAGUUUGGUUAGAAAUCCAACCGUUGUGGAACAAAAUUAAAGACAGCAUUUACGAUUUGGGACCUGGAAAAACUUAUUUAGGCUACCAUCCGCAAGGACUAACAACUUACCUGUCCAAAAACAUCACUCCUGAAGAUACAACAAAAGUUCAAGAUUGGCUGAAAUCAAGAAAAAUUGAAUGUUACAACACUAGAUUAUUUAAGACUGAACAAAAUGGUAAAGUUUUAUAUGAAAUUCGUAUGGCUUCUGAAGAGAAAAAAGAUCCGGAAAUAUUUGAAGAUGGCAACGUCACCUACAGCAUUACCUAUGGAGAUUAUUCUCCUUUAAUGGGCCUAGUAGCCAAAAGCUUAGUUGAUGCUGAACAAUAUGCAGCUAACGAUACUGAAAAAAGUAUGCUACAAGGCUAUGUGUCUUCUUUUAAGACUGGCUCUUUAGAUGAUCACAAAAAAGGUUCUAGAUUCUGGAUUCAAGACAAAGCUCCAGCUGUAGAAACCUACAUUGGAUUUAUUGAGACUUACAGAGAUCCAGCUGGUGUCCGAGGCGAAUUUGAAGGCUUCGUUGCUGUUGUCAAUAGAGAAAUGACUUCGAAAUUUACAACCUUAGUCACAAAUGCAGAGACAUUUUUAAAAUUACUGCCCUGGAGCAAGGAUUUUGAAAAAGACACCUUUUUAAAACCUGAUUUCACUUCUUUAGACGUUUUGACUUUUGCUGGGAGCGGUAUACCGGCUGGAAUUAACAUUCCCAAUUAUGAUGAUAUAAGACAAACUGAAGGCUUCAAAAACGUGUCUCUGGGAAAUGUAAUACCGGCAAGCUACCAACAAUCAGUUACUCCAUUUUUAACACAAGAAGAUGCAGAACUGCUGCAAAAAUGGCGAGUUCCAGCGUUUGAACUACAAGUGGGCCUUCACGAACUCCUGGGACACGGUUCUGGGAAAUUGCUGUGCAAAGAAGCAGAUGGACAAAGUAAUUUUCCUAAUAACCUCAUUGAUCCUCUUACUGGAGAACCAAUAGCUUCUUGGUACAAACCUGGCGACACUUACGAUACCCAAUUUGGUCCUCUUAGUUCGUCUUAUGAAGAAUGCAGAGCAGAAGCUGUAGGAUUAUAUCUUAGCUUGGAACCUGAAGUAUUAAAAAUAUUUGGACACGAAGGUAGCCAAGCUGAAGAAGUCACCUAUGUGAAUUGGUUGUCAUUAGUUUGGGCAGGUGCUGGUAGAGGUUUGGAACUUUGGGAGCCUGGUCGUGGAUGGUUGCAAGCUCAUGCACAAGCCAGAUAUGUCCUUGCAAAAGUUUUAAUCCAAGCAGGAGUAGUCCAAGUCACUCAACCAAGUGAAGGUGAUCUUUUAGUUUCAAUGGACCGUGCAGCACUUAGAGGUGCAGGUCGUUGCGCUAUAGGUAGUUUUUUGCUAAAGCUUCAAGUGUACAAAGCCACUGGGAAUCUGGAAGCCGCUCAAAAAUUGUACAAUCAAUAUUCUGAAGUCAAUGAGCCUUGGCUCAGCUGGAGGUCGAUCGUUUUAGCUAAGAAACAGCCCAGGAAAAUUUUUGUGCAAGCCAAUACGUAUGUGGAAAAUGCUAGUGUGAAGGUUAAGGAGUACGAGGCUACUGCUGAGGGGCUUAUAGAGUCUUGGGUAGACAGAUUUGAUAAUAAGGAGUUGAUUUAUGAGGCACUUUUAGACCAGACAAAGGCUGACGCACAAUAUUUUUAAAAUCACUUGCAGUGAUUCAUACAAAAUCUUUAUUUUUUUCUAUUAAAUCAAUUGAUAAUGUAAGUUGUUUAUUAUAAUAAUAAUUAUUAAUAAAAUGAAAGUGCUUUUUUAUUUAA